AUGGCAACUGCAAGAGUUCUAGCCACCUCUGCAGUCUUCCUCCUUGUAGCACUCUGCACCUCCCAUGCCGCGUCCUCGCUCCGCCUAGGGCUCGACGUGUGCCGUGCGAGCAGCUACCUCCCUGGAAAAGCAGGUCACUGUGAGCAGAGCAAUGACCCUGACUGUUGUGAGGAUGGUAAGAGGUACCCGCAAUACCACUGCUCACCUCCGGUCACCGCGAGCACCAAGGCCGUCCUGACACUCAAUAGUUUCGAGAAGGGUAAGGAUGGCGGUGGCCCAUCGGAGUGCGACAACGCUUACCACAGCGACGAGGAGAUGGUCGUCGCACUCUCCACUGGCUGGUUCGAAAACAUGGGUCGUUGCGGGCACCGCAUCAAGAUCACCGCGAAUGGUAAAUCUGUGUAUGCCAAGGUGGUGGAUGAGUGUGACUCUGUGUACGGCUGCGACGACGAGCACAACUACGAACCACCCUGCGCCAACAAUAUCGUCGACGCCUCGCCGGCUGUGUGGAAUGCUCUGGGUCUCGACCAAAACGUUGGUAUGGAGGGCAUCACCUGGUCCGACAACUGA